UGAUGUCGACUUAACUUGAUAUAAGCUCCAGUCCAGCCAUAUUAAAAUCAAAAAUGGAUACAUUUGAUGUGUCAGAUAAGAGCAGCUGGUACUUUGGUCCAAUGUCCCGGCAAGACGCUACCGAAGUAUUAAUGAACGAGCGUGAACGGGGAGUAUUUUUAGUGCGUGACAGCAACUCGAUAGCAGGAGAUUACGUACUCUGUGUAAGAGAAGAUACUAAAGUUAGCAACUAUAUAAUCAACAAAGUUCAACAACAGGAUCAAAUAGUGUAUCGCAUUGGUGACCAAUCGUUUGAUAAUCUGCCAAAACUCUUGACAUUUUACACACUGCACUAUUUGGACACCACACCACUAAGGCGGCCAGCCCAAAAAAAAGUAGAAAAAGUAGUUGGAAAAUUUGAUUUUGUUGGCAGCGAUCAAGACGAUUUGCCUUUCCAAAGAGGAGAAGUUCUUACUGUAAUCCGAAAGGACGAAGAUCAGUGGUGGACUGCACGUAAUUCAUCGGGCCAAGUUGGACAAAUACCGGUUCCUUAUGUGCAAAGGUAUGAAGACGCAACAGAUGAGGACGGAUUCGAUAGCCAAGUUCUUGGACACCCGAGUUCUACUAUCGGACGAUUGAAUAAUUCAUCUGACCCGCCAACAGUCUCUUGCAAUCUGUUUGGUAAUACGUUAAAACGGACAGACCUAAACCGCAAACUGCCAGCGUUCGCUCGGGUAAAACAAUCGAGGGUGCCCAAUGCAUACGACAAGACUGCAUUAAAAUUGGAAAUAGGUGACAUUAUUAAAGUCACUAAAACUAAUAUAAAUGGCCAAUGGGAGGGUGAACUAAAUGGACGCAAGGGCCACUUCCCAUUCACUCACGUUGAAUUUGUCGAUGAUUGUGAUUUAGGAAAUAACUGUGGAGAGGUACGUUUAAAUAGCGCCAGUAACGAUUGGGUGGAACAAUAAUAUUUUCAUUUUGUAUAAUUUUUAUUUAAAUUUAUGACAAAAUGUAUCAAGAAAUAACAGUAAGUGGUGCAUACCAA